GCCUUGUAUUUUGGGCCACAUCGGUGUCGCAACAGGGGAAAUUGCCAUGCCACCCACAGAGAAUCACCACCGACAGUAUGAGCGAUAGACAGGAGGCGAGGGGAGGAAUGUGCCUCCUCGACGGCCGCCCGCUCAGUCAGCACGCACACAAGGAGCAGUACUAGCACGUGAUGGGUGCGCUGUGCACGGGCCCCGUCGCAGGCCCGCCCGUUGAACCCCUCUCUCUCUCGCGGCACGGCAUCAGGCGCCGUCCUCAGCUCCAGCUGCUCCAUCGAUCCUCUACCAAAUCCCUUACCAAUUCCCAGCACGUGGUGGACGACUCAAUCGGCCGCCCCCAUCGCCGCCCUCGGUCGGAGCGCACGACAAGAUGAACAAGAACUGGAACGAUAGGGCCGACAAGGACUUGUUCUUCACCAUCCUCUCGGUCAAGAACAUCGGCGUCAUCAGCGGCUCCGAAUGGACCACAAUUGGCAACCACAUGCGCACCCUGGGCUACGGCUUCACCAACGAGGGAUGUCGCCAACAUUUCCAGGGACUGCGGCGGGCUCAGAACAAGGCAGAUGGUACCAACGGGCUAGGUGACAACAGCCCUCGCAGGGCCGAUCCGACCCUAAACCCCAUCACCCGGCGUCCAGGCCCGGGCCGAGGGAGACCUCGGAAGAAUGCGGGUCAGCAGUCUGAGGACCCCGACCAGACGAUGGCGGUCGUCCAACCGGAACCGGAAAUCCCUCUGACUCCUGUGGCGGCGGGUCCACCUCCCCCGGCCCCGCCUCCGGCCCCAAUGAUGACGCCCUUGCACGGUCAUGAUGUGCUCGAUUUCGACCCCACAGACGACCCAACCGACGAGCACGAUAUCAAGAGACCUCGCCUGGAUGACGGCAACGACCCUUCACUAGAAGACGAAGCUGUCGUUCUGAGUGCAUUGGCUGCCGCAAACAACCAGUCUACAGUUGAUCACUAUGCACAGGAAUUCGGCUAUGGGGAUGCUUGAUGGUUAUAGUGUCACUACUUAUAUCCACCCACACCGUCAAGGGGUGGUGCUCUCUUUUAUACGUCCCAGUCCUUGUUUAUGUCGCUGAGGGAUGCAAGGAGUAAAGGUUCGCGGGCUUGUGUACCGCAAGGUGUUGCGCCAUUACCUGGCUUGUUUGUUUAUUGUUGUACCUGCCUUGACCAUUUCUUGGCUUCAGCCUCGGGCACGUGCCUAAUUUAAAUGAUGUUCCCACGACCGCACGUUGGAAGCGAGCCUCACGAGCAAGGGUUGGAUCGACAACACAGAGUCUAUAAGCAUGCGACGGCUAAGGGUGCCGUGACGGGCACAGGUCUCUAGAAAAGGAAAUCCAUCUCUAAUGCAGUUUGCAACGACAGGUUUCUAGGAAUUCUGCCAAGCGGCAGCAGUUGGCUUCCAUCUGCGCCUUUUACAAACAUUGGGCGAAAUAUAGGGGACGAAGGCUUUGAUAGGGAACGCAAGAGAUAAGGAUCGAACAGCGAUAGAAGUUUCCCGUAUUAGUAGCUAGCCCACGCUGUGGACCAAGAUACCACUUUUAGGCCCGC